AUGGAUCUUGUUGGUGAUCAUCUUAAUGAUGUAUAUUUACGUGGGGUUGAAGAAUUUUUAGACUAUGCUUUUAAAAAAACUGGGAGGCGUGGGGAAAUACGUUAUCCAUGUGUCAAGUGUAAUAACACGUAUUCCGCCACACGAGAAGUGGUAGGGACACACCUCAAGGUGUAUGGAAUAAUACGUAAUUAUACAUUUUGGUAUCACCAUGGAGAAAGGGUAGGUGAAUCUGAAUCUAAUUUAGAAAGUGUUCAACAAAGUGAAGAUGAGCCUAGCAAUGAGAUGCAUGAUAUUUUAAGGGAUUUGUAUCUAGAGUUUUGUGGUCAAGAUACAAAUGAUAUGGAUACAGAUAUCUUCGCUUGUGAUAUUCAUAAAGAGGAACCGAAUGAGGAAGCGAAUAAAUUCUAUAGGUUACUAAGAGAUUUUGAGCAACCAUUAUACCAAGGUUCUAAGAGCUCAAAGUUAUCUUGCUUAGUCAAAUUGCUCCAUAUCAAGAUCCUUGGUCGAUGGAAUAAUGAGUCAUUUACUAUGUUGUUGCAAUUAUUGAAAGAUGAAUUAUUACCUCAAGGAUCUAAUUUGCCACAAUCGUAUUAUGAUGCAAAGAAAGUAAUUCAAGAUCUUGGUCUCUCAUACAAAAAAAUUGAUGCAUGUGUAAAUAAUUGCAUGUUAUAUUGGAAAGAGGAUGAGAGGCUAGAUUUUUGUAAGAUUUGUGGCUAUUCUAGAUGGAAGACUGAUAAAUAUAAUGGGGAAGACAAGGUUAAAACCAAUGGGAAGAGAAUACCAAAAAAAAUUUUGCGUUACUUUCCACUAAAGCCAAGACUUCAAAGAUUGUUUAUGUCCACAAAGACAGCGUCUUUGAUGAGAUGGCAUAAAGAUAAGAGGGUAGAUGAUAAUAAGCAAAGCUUUGUAACAGGUAGACAGGCUACAACUGGAGACAAGCACCAUAUCAGGCAACAAAUAAACCACCCUGUAAAUGAGUUUAGUGAUAUAUGCAGCAGAGCAGGUCUUCCAAUUCAUAAAUGCCCCUAA